GUGUAGAACAAUAAUUUGUGUCGGAGCAGAGUUUCACGGGCAAGUACGAGUGACUAGGACUCACGGUUUGGAUUGUAAAGACAAUUGAGGUGUUCACAACCUUAACUUGGUCAAAUCUAUCAACAGUUUCAAGGUUUCGAAUCCUCUUUCGCCGUUCGAGGAACACAUCGUUUUUUUCCAGAAAUGGUGCGAGUUUUUCCGUCGGGAGGUUGGGCAGCCGUGGCGGCGGCGGUGGUGCUGAUUUGGAGCGCCGGAGGGGCAUACGGAAUCAGAUUUGUGAUAGAUAGAGAGGAAUGCUUUGCCCACAAGGUGGCAUUGGGGGACACUGUUCAUUUUUCAUUUGUUGUGAUUAAGUCUGAGAAGUCCUGGAAUUUGGGUGAAGAAGGCGUUGAUCUUGUGGUGAAGGGACCUGUGGGCGAACAAAUUCAGGAUUUUCGUGAAAAAAUAAGCGAGAAGUCCGAGUUUGUGGCUCAUCAGGAAGGCGUUCACCGUUUCUGUUUCACUAAUAAGUCCCCGUACCAUGAGACCAUCGACUUUGAUGUACAUUCUGGUCACUAUAUGUUCCACGAUGAACACGCAAAAGAUGAACAUCUCAGGCCUUUGUUCGAACACAUUAACAAGCUAGAGGAAGCUUUAUAUAACAUUCAGUUCGAGCAGCAUUGGUUGGAGGCUCAGACAGACCGGCAAGCUAUAGUGAAUGAAGGGAUGAGCAAAAGGGCAGUUCACAAAGCUUUGUAUGAGUCUGCAGCUCUUAUUGCCGCUAGUUUUUUACAAGUUUUUCUCCUAAAACGGUUGUUUGAACGGAAGCUUGGGCAGUCGAGAGUCUAAUCUUUUGACACGGACAUUCAAGUUAUCGGUGCCCAAGCGGAUGAAGAAAAUUCGUUUGGCAAAAAGAACGAAAAAUGAUAGCAUUUUCUUAUUCCUGGCUUAUGAACCUUUAACCUUUUGUGGCUCUGCCUAUUAACAAAUUUUCCCAUGUUGCAGACUAAUUGCGAGAUCUGUAAUAGUCUAAAUAGAUAAACCGAAGUUUUUGAGUAUGUUUAUGUAUUGGAAUCUUGCCAUUUGUGUUUCAUUUUGUUGUCUUGGCUGUUUAAAGUGUA